AUGACCCCAGGAUAUCCCAAUGUCCGAACCCCUGGAAGGUUUGUUGGAAAAGCAGUUCAUUUUAAAAUUUUAGCAUUAUGCUUCGUUUGCACCUUUGUCUACGUUUACUUAUACUCUGAGGUCAGUCGACAAGCAUUAGCCAUCCAGGAAUUAAUGAAGGGGGUCUUUGAUUACUUCAUAUUCUGGGGAAAAGAGAUCCGACAUUGGUGGAAUUUAAUCAGAACGGCGGGAUUAAUUAAAAAUGUGGAACUCACAGAACGUGAAAGGAAUAUCACUAGAAAUUAUGCAGAAACUUUUGUUCCUAGAGUUGUGUUUCCGUCAGAAUUUAAUUUCAGUAAUUAUAGAAACAAUCUAACUUACAUAGAAAAAUUAUCACGCAAUAUAAUAAAAGCAAACAAAACCUUGCUUACAUUGUUUACAACAUGGCAGACAACGGUUGAAAAAUACGUAUGUCAUAACAAUACAAUUAGGAACUGGAAUCAGUUGAAACCAUUUGUUCAGCCAAUACUUUUUUCUGACGAGGAGGAUUUGUCGGUCAGAGUGGCAGAAAUGGGUUGGAAGGUCUUACCCGUUUCAAAGACAGGUAAAGGGGUACCUGUCCUCAAAAAUAUGUAUUUGGAUGUUGUAAAAGUUUCCAAAUCCAUUUUUUACGCCUAUGCCAACGGUGAUAUUCUUUUUACAGAUACGCUAAUCAUAACUUUAAUGGCUCUGUUAAAUUCUAGUGUAAACAAAUCACAACCGUUGAUGGUUAUAGGUCGGCGAACAAACGUCGAAAAUGUGACAUCCAGUGAUGCUGUGAAUCAAUCAACGAUACAUAAAAUAGCUGAAUCCCGAGGCUCCUUAUUCAGUGUCUGGGGUGAGGACUAUUUUAUAACAAUGAAAAACUACCCUUGGAAAAACAUCCCAGAAGUUAUUAUAGGCAGACGAGCCUACGACAAUUGGCUCGUGCUGGACGCUAGAAAGCGCGGGAAUGUGAUUGAUGCAACAGAGACGCUACUGGCUGUCCAUCAAACGACAUACCGAGGAAACUACGAGGGUCAUAAACACAGAGACAAGGACUAUAACCACAAUCUCUUGGUGAGAACGUUCAGACGACUUCAUUACGCAGCGGGAAAAACGUCCUGUGCUGAGCUAUUUACUAAAUACAAUAUAACACAGGUCCCUGAGAUUCACAGGAGAAAAAUUGAUAAAGAAUGUUUUCCGUUGUAA